AUUUGAAGUUAAGUCCCAAUUUUGACAGCGCCUGCGCGACGACUGUGGCGCCGCUGUGGUAAAUCAAAAAUUCUAAAUUCUUCAGUUUUGUAAAGAUUUUUGUAGUGGUGGCUGUGUAGUAUGCGAACCGGUAUUCUUAUUAGGAAAUGAAUUAUUUUUCUCAAUACACACAGGAUUAUUGGACGUUUUAUGACAUAAUUUGUUUGUGAUAUUGUUUUCUGUGUUCAUUUUCCGUAGAAUAGAUAGUGUUUCGCGGGUGCAAGUGUAUUUCUUUUGCGUAGUUUGAGUUCAUUUUGUGGUUGUGCAAGGAUUUUGUUCUCGAAUUCGGCUCGCGGCGGUCGGCGUUGCAGGAUAUUUGAGAGCGCGGCGUGACACCGCGGAUUUCCUGCUAUUGUUAAGAUGUCCUCAGUGAGGGCGUGACUCACUGGCUGCCAUGUCGUCGUAGCCUAAAUCUUCUUGCUUCUUCUGGUGUGACACAGCCACCAUGGGCGGCUCGGGCGUCUCCGACGAGUACACCCCCCCGCGGCUCUCGCGGCUGCUGCACGCGCUCCCCCAUAUCAACGUCACGCUACACCGCGUCAACGACACGUUCGCGCCCGACUCGCCCGUCUACCUCGAGAGCCUGGGUAUCCUCGGCUCCAUCCCUGGAGCAUGGCUGAUCCUGACCCUGACGGUGUUGCUCAUCUACCUGCUUACGAGAUGCUGCGACAGGAAGCAGCGCCCGCCCAGGAGCAUCACCGCCCUGAAGGUAACUCUCAUGAUCUUAUCAGUGCUGUGCUGCGGCGCGAUAGGCGUAGGUCUGUUCGGCAACGACGAUCUGCACAAUGCCAUGCUGCAGAGCAUCCAGGCCGGCAAUCAGCUCGCGGCACUGGUGAACACUGUCAAGAACCAGUCAAGCAUCCUGGAGGAAGCGAUGGGGUCACGCGCGCGCGCGCCGCUCGCGCGCCUCGCGGACGCGCUGGACGCGCCGGUCUCCAACCAAACUGCGCUGGGCACGUUGCUGCGAGCGCUGUCCACUUUGAGGAACAAUGCCUCCGCUGCGGCGUCUGCGGCGGAUAACCUGAGGAGGCCGCUGGCGCAGCUCAAUUUGGAUGCUUUUAUGAAGCGCGCAUGGGUGUGGGAGGCGGCGCGCUGGGCCGGCGGCAUGGCGGGGUGGUGCUGCGGCGGCGCCGUGUGCGUGGCGCUGCUGGCUGCUGCUGCAAGACGCUCAAGGCGCGCCCUGCUGCUGCUUUGUGUGGGAGCGCUGGGCGCGCUGGUGGCGUGCUGGCUGGCGGGCGCGCUGCUGACGGCGGGCGCGGUGGCGGCGGCCGACGCCUGCCAGGACCCCGCCGCGGCGCUCGCCAACUACGCCUCGCACAGGCUGCCGCUGGACAUGGUGCACUACUACUUGUCGUGCAAGGUGUCCCGCGAGAACAUCCUAACGGCCGAGCUGCGGAACGCCCAACGUGCGGUGGUCGCCGUCCGUCAGGCCCUGGCUAUACUGUCGCGCGGCGCGCCCCAACUUUUCAACGACCCUGCGCUCCAGCCAGCAUUGGGUGCGCUCGGCGCUGGGACCGGCGAGGCGGAGCGCGCGCUGGUGUCGCUGAGCGGCGCGCUGGAGUGCCGCAUGGCGCGCGCGUACUUCGUGGCCGGCGCCAGGGCCGCCUGCGACGCGGGGCUGCAGGCGUUAUCGCUGCAGCUGCUGGCGGCCAUCGCGGCCGGUUUCCUCUUCACGGCCAUCGUUCUCGUCGACUCGCAUGCCUGGAUCUACAUUAACACCAAACGCGCCGGAACUGGCGAAGAGCAAGCACCUUUCCUCUCAAGCGGCGGCAGCAGCGCCUGCAGCCGCACCUUGCCCCGCCCCGCGCCCUUCCCCAACGGCAAACCGCCGAGCUACAGCGCCGCAGUACAACUGUGUGAUUUGGACCAGCGACCCAGUAGAUCGCGCAUGUCGGGCAGCGCGACGCUCGGGCGCGGCGCCAGCAGCUCCAUGGGCGUGGACGCGCUCGGCGGCUCGCACACGCUAGGCCGCGCGCCGCACAACGGCAAAUACGCCACCCUCAGCAAGCAGUGCAAGACGCUGGAGAGCAACGACUUCUACUGAGAUAGGCCCGGCGGCGCGCUCAACACCGAACUUAACAAGGGUCAGGCAAGCCGCACCGCCCUGAACCGCUUUGACCCUAAGUACGCCUCGUUCGGGCCGCGCGCGCCGCGCCUGCGCCCCGCCGCGCCCGCGCCGCCGCUCGCCACCUUCACCCCGCACCAGCCGCACCCCUCCCACCCC